AUGUCAUUCUCCAAGAGAUCACAAAGUAGCACUACGUUGAUAAAAAAAAUAAUUGUCAUAAUCAUAUUAUUUUACUUCGUUGAAAAAGCUUCAGCACAUGGAUAUAUUGCCGAUCCAAGGAUCCGAAUGUUCACUUUUGAUAACGAACUUUUACAAAUGACAGCUGGACCAACAACCGAACAACCAUGUUCCGGGUACGAACCAGGACCCAUCGUUGCAACAUAUAAAUCUGGUCAAGUUAUUCCUAUAACAUGGACAAUUUUUACAGCUCAUGGUGGCACCUGUAGCGUCCAACUCUCGAUAAAUGGCAAAGAUUCUGAAUUUCAAGAAAUAAAAUCAUAUUCAAAUUGCGCAGAUGCAAUUGGUACGUUUAAUGAUACUGUACAGUUACCAACUGGAAUAGCAUGCGAUAAAUGCACAUUCAGGUGGGUGUGGAAUUCGGCAUUAAACGGUGAAUUGUAUCUACAGUGUGCGGAUAUUAAGAUUGAAGCUGAAAAUAAUAAGUCUACGAACACCGUACCACUUACAACUACAUUAUCUACCCCACUUACAACUUCAUUAUCUACCCCACUUACAACUACAUUACCUACACUGCCGAUUUUGAAGACCAUAUCAUUAACUUCGAAUACCAUAAAGACACCUACCUCUACUAAAUUUCCAACGCGCACUUCUUCAACUACUAAACCUAAAAAAUCAACGUGCACUCCUUCAAUUACUAAACCUAAAAAAUCAACGUGCACUCCUUCAAUUACUAAACCUAAAAAAUCAAC